AGCCGCCUCAAGCAGGAGAACCUGCAGCUCGUGCACAGAGCGAAUGCUCUCGAGGAACAGCUGAAGGAGCAGGAGCUGAGAGCUGACCAAACACUCCUGGAGGAGAUCAAGAAGCAGAGGGAGCUGCUGAGCAAAAUGGAGAGGGAGAAGAGCAUUGAGAUUGAGAACCUGCAGGCCAGGCUGCAGCAGCUGGAUGACGAGAACAGCGAGCUGAGGUCCUGCGUCCCGUGUUUAAAAGCCAACAUCGAGAGACUCGAGGAGGAGAAGCAGAAGCUGCUGGAUGAGAUCGAAGACCUCACGGUGCAGCUCGCAGAGGAGCAGGAGAAAAAGAGGAAGAUGGGGGACAAGCUGAGUCAGGAGAGGCACCAGUUUCAGAAGGAGAAGGAGUCGACGCAGGAGCUCAUUGAGGACCUCAGGAAGCAGCUCGAGCACUUGCAACUCUUCAAACUGGAAGCUGAGCAGCGAAGAGGCAGGAGCAGCAGCAUGGGGCUCCAGGAGUACAACAGCAGGACGCGGGAGACAGAGCUGGAGCAAGAGAUCAAGCAGCUCAAGCAGGAUAACAGGAACCUGAAGGAGCAGAACGAUGAACUGAAUGGGCAGAUCAUUAACUUGAGCAUCCAGGGAGCCAAGAACCUCUUCUCAGCCUCCUUCUCCGAAUCCCUGGCAGCGGAGAUCAGCUCGGUCUCCAGAGAUGAGCUCAUGGAAGCGAUUCAAAAGCAAGAGGAGAUCAACUUCCGCCUGCAGGAUUACAUCGACGAAGGGGUUGCGUGCAGGGAGCUCCCUGGCUCCUCUCUCGCUUGCCAGCGGCAGAAGGAGGCAGAGGAGCGGCCAGUUUCGGGACAGGGC